AUGUCAGGCCCCAGCGACAAAGCACGUUUCCAUAUGGAACAGGCUGUUCCUCAGCUGCAGGAAUUCAAAGAGAAGAAAAUAUUCACCGACGAAGAAAUCAGGACACUUGUGAAGAAAAGAUCCGACUUCGAGCACAAAAUAUGUGGGCGAGGCUCAACACCAGUGGACUUUGCGAGAUAUGCGGCGUGGGAAAUGAGUUUGGAACAUUUGCGACUGAAGAGAUGCAAGCGGUUACGAAUUAAAGGAAGCUCGACAUUCUCUGGACAGGCGCGAAUCUACAAGAUCUUCGAUCGAGGCACAGAAAGGCACAAGUAUGAUGUCGCAUUGUGGAUGUCAUAUUUGGAAUGUGCCAGGGAAGCGAAGGCGACACAGAAAUUCAAGACGAUUUUGACAUCUGCGAUCAGAUUACAUCCUACGAUCCCAGACUUCUGGCUCUAUGCGGCGCGGUGGGCUCUGCAGUCCGAGGCGGAUAUGAAUGGGGCGAGGAGUUACAUGCAGAGAGGAACGCGAUUCUGCAUCAGAAGUAAGGAGCUCUGGAUCGAAUACGCCAAGCUGGAGAUGAUAUAUCUUGCAAAGAUUGCCGCGCGGAGGAAGAUAUUGGGUCUGGACGCCGAUGAAUCUGAGGAAGAGGACGAGGAAAUGGAGAAUGCGAAUGCUGAUCCAGCAUUCGACAUUCAGGCCGAUGUUAUAUCGAUUCCCGAUUUCAAUGGCAAUUCUUUACGACCCAAAAUGAUGGAGGGCGUAAAGGUGGACUCAGAAGCAAACAAAGAUCCUAUGACAACGCCAGCCCUCAAUGGUGCCAUACCUCUCGCGAUUUUUGAUGCGGCCCGCAAACAACCAUUCUUCUGCGCUUCUGCUGCGGGAGACUUUUUCGACAUGUUUGCGACGUUCACACAGGUCCGAUGCUUACCAAAAAUCCUGCAACACGUUUUGGACAGUAUGACAGAAGCAUACGACGCCGAUCCGUUUACUUGCAAUUGCUACGUCAGGCAACCCUUCGUGGGACUUGAUCCUAAUUCGCCGAAGUUCCCAGGAGCUCUCGGGGUUGCUUUGGAUAGGCUGAAGGAGUCAACGGAGAAGACAAAAGACAAAAAGGAGUUAGCGAAGAAGACGAGAGCGUGGAUUGAGCCAAUACUUAAGGUCAAUGAACUGGAUCCUGGCAUUCAAACAGUGCUGAAACACACUCUGCGGAAACUGGAUAGUUGA